CCAUUUAUGCAUGUGUUAGAUUAAAAAAGAUGGUGAAGAUUUGCUGCAUUGGAGCUGGUUAUGUAGGCGGUCCAACAAUGGCAGUUAUUGCCUUAAAGUGCCCAAACAUUGAGGUAGCAGUAGUUGACAUCUCUGUUCCUCGUAUUAACGCUUGGAACAGCGAAGAACUCCCCAUCUACGAGCCAGGGCUUGAUGAUGUGGUCAAGCAAUGCCGAGGAAAGAAUCUCUUUUUCAGUACAGAUGUGGAGAAACAUGUUCGUGAAGCUGACAUAAUUUUUGUUUCUGUUAACACACCAACAAAGACUAGAGGACUAGGAGCAGGUAAAGCUGCUGAUCUAACUUAUUGGGAGAGCGCAGCUCGAAUGAUCGCUGAUGUAUCGAGAUCAGAUAAGAUUGUUGUUGAGAAAUCAACUGUUCCUGUCAAAACAGCUGAAGCAAUUGAGAAAAUCCUGACUCAUAAUAGCAAUGGAAUUAAGUUUCAAAUCCUGUCUAACCCUGAAUUCCUCGCGGAGGGGACUGCGAUCAAGGAUCUCUUUGAACCUGAUCGUGUCCUGAUCGGGGGUAGGGACACCCCUGCUGGGAAGAACGCGAUUCAAACUCUGAAAUCAGUUUACGCGCAUUGGGUCCCCGAGAGCAACAUCAUAUGCACCAAUCUCUGGUCUGCAGAGCUGUCGAAGCUCGCAGCGAAUGCUUUCCUAGCCCAGAGGAUCUCAUCCGUCAAUGCCAUGUCAGCCCUAUGCGAAGCAACAGGAGCUGAUGUCACCCAAGUGUCGUUCUCCAUUGGUAAGGACACGAGAAUUGGUCCCAAGUUUCUAAACGCGAGUGUAGGUUUUGGCGGUUCUUGUUUCCAGAAGGAUAUCUUGAACCUAGUUUACAUCUGUGAAUGCAAUGGUUUACCAGAAGUAGCCGAAUAUUGGAAACAGGUGAUUAAGAUCAAUGACUAUCAGAAGAGUAGAUUCGUUAACCGUGUCAUAUCCUCAAUGUUCAACUCGGUUUCGAAUAAGAAAGUUGCUAUUCUUGGAUUCGCGUUUAAGAAAGACACGGGUGAUACUAGAGAGACCCCAGCUAUCGAUGUUUGUAAGGGUCUUCUCGAGGAUAGGGCUCGUUUGAGCAUAUACGAUCCUCAAGUGACUGAAGAUCAGAUUCAACGCGAUCUUACCAUGAAGAAAUUUGAUUGGGAUCAUCCUCUUCAUCUGCAGCCUAUGAGUCCUAGUUCUGUGAAACAAGUGAGUGUGGUUUGGGAUGUUUACGAGGCGACGAAAGAUGCUCAUGGAUUGUGUAUACUUACCGAGUGGAGCGAGUUUAAGACUUUGGAUUAUUUGAAAAUUUACGAAAGCAUGCAGAAACCGGCGUUUGUUUUCGAUGGAAGGAAUGUUGUCGAUGCCGAGAAGCUUAGGGAGAUCGGUUUCAUUGUUUAUUCAAUUGGUAAGCCUAUUGAUGCCUGGUUGGCUUAGUUUUAUAAUGUGGUGAUUUAUGUUUGGAUGUUUUAGUAGUAUACAAAUUGAAAAUUGAGAUUAUGUUGAUAUUUAAAAGACACCUUUUUUUUUAAAUUGACUAUUUGAUUUGAAUAAGUUAUUUGAUUGUUGAUUUUU